AUGAACGGUGCUGCACAAACCAACGGAUGCAACCGGGGCCACGAUGCACCACAACCCAUUGCCAUCAUAGGGUAUGCCUGUCGUCUGCCCGGCCAAGUUAGCUCCCCCAGCGACCUCUGGGAGCUAUGCACGCGGCGGCGUAGCGGGUGGAAACCCAUCCCUAAAGACCGGUUCUCGUUCGAUGCAUUCCACCAUCCCAAUCCUUCCAAAUUGGGUACCACGAAUCCUGCGGGAGGAUACUUUCUAGAUGACGAUAUUGGACGGUUUGACGCCCCCUUUUUCAAUGUGACUGUCCAAGAAGCUAUAUCCAUGGACCCGCAGCAGCGUAUGCUGCUUGAAUGCUCAUACGAGGCCUUGGAAAGUGCUGGAAUACCAAAGGAGUCCCUCUCAAGAAGAAGCGUGGGGGUUUUUGUGGGCGGGAAUUUCGCCGACUAUGAGCUCAACAAUGUCCGUGACGUCGAGACCAUUCCCUUAUACCAGGCUACCGGCUGUGCGAAUGCCCUCCAAUCCAAUCGGAUCUCAUAUUUCUUUGACCUGGCGGGGCCCAGUCUCACGGUCGACACCGCGUGCUCGUCAUCUCUCGUUGCUUUGCAUUAUGCCGUCCAGAGCUUGCGCAGUGGAGAGUCGAAAGAAGCCCUAGUCGCGGGUUGUCAUUUGAAUGUGGUCCCAGACCUAUUUGUUUCCAUGUCUAUGUCACAGCUGUUCAAUGAUGACGGUAAAACAUUCGCCUUUGAAGAACGAGCCAGAUCCGGUUUUGCGCGUGGGGAAGGUGCUGGAGUCGUGAUUGUAAAAACUCUUGAUGCGGCUUUGCGCGAUGGUGACCCCGUUCGAGCGGUUAUUCUCAAUUCAGGUGUCAACCAAGAUGGCCGAACAAAGGGAAUUACGUUGCCCAACGGCCUUGCUCAGGAAGAAUUGAUCCGCCGGGUAUACCAAGAGGCCCACCUCAACCCGGAUGAUUGUGCCUUUGCAGAGAUGCAUGGGACUGGCACCAAAGCUGGAGAUCCGAUCGAAGCAGCAGGAGUCCAUGCUGCACUCGGACAGAAUCGUUCACCGAAGGAUCCGCUCUAUAUCGGCUCUGUCAAAUCCAAUGUCGGCCACUUGGAGGGCGCGAGUGGCGUUAUCUCAAUCAUCAAGGCGGCCAUGAUGCUCGACAAUGGCUUAUUACUGCCGAAUGCAGACUAUAAGAAGCCAAACCCCAAUAUUCCAUUGAAAGAAUACAACAUGAAGGUCGUCACGUCCACACGGCCCUGGCCUCGGGGAAAGAAAUAUGUUAGCGUCUCCAACUACGGCUUUGGAGGAACCAACGCCCAUGUCGUCCUCGAGAAGCCACCUCUAAACCCCAAGCCUUCGAAUGAUGAUGAAGAUAAUACGGACCCAAAGACCAAGCUGUUCCUCAUUUCUGCCAACGACAAGGAGUCAUUGAAGCAAAGAAUAGAUGACUUCACAGUCUACUUUGAACAACGACCGGAAGUGUUUGAAAAAGACCUCUUCGGGAACUUUGCCUACACAAUCGGGAACAAAUCCUCCCAACUUGCUUACCGGGUCGGCCUGCCUGCCACCUCACUCGAUGAUCUUGGAGUUCGCCUUGCGCAGCUAAAAGUCAACCCAGUGAGAGUUCACGGGGCCCCAACGAUAUCUUUUGUCUUCACCGGACAAGGAGCUCAAUGGGCUCAGAUGGGCGUUCCGCUUAUGGACGAGUACCCGGUCUUUGCAUCAGCAGUGAAACGAGCCGACAUGUGUCUCAAGAAUCUUGGGGCAGAGUUCUCGCUCGUCGAAGAGCUGCGAAAAGACGGUGCCGCUUCUAAGAUCAACUCGCCGCACCUCAGCCAGCCGGCUUGUACAGCACUUCAGAUCGGUCUGGUCCUUCUUCUUGAGUCAUGGGGGAUCCGCCCUGCUUCCGUUGUGGGACACAGCUCAGGUGAGAUUAGUGCAGCUUUUGCAGCUGGUGUAUAUGACCUGGAGUCCGCUAUGGCGCUUGCGUACCGUCGUGGUCAAAUGACCCAAGUGCUGAAGGCAUCAUUCCCAUCCCUCCAAGGCACCAUGAUUGCAGUUGGUGCUGGCCGUGGUGCAGUCGAACCGAUGUUGAAGACCCUCGAUGGGUAUGCUACCGUGGCUUGUGUGAAUAGUCCUUCGAGCGUUACUGUAUCUGGAGACGUGUCUGCAAUUGCGCAACUUGAGACCAUUCUACAGGACAAACAGCUCUUCAACAGGCGUCUAAAGAUUGACAUUGCUUACCACUCUGACCACAUGAAGAACGUCGCCGAUGAGUAUUUGGCCGCAAUUGCAUCAAUCCAACCAUCCGAUUCGGCUACAGCUGUGUUUUAUUCUUCAGUCUUCGGCCGAAUCGCCAAUGCCUCCGAGCUGGGACCGUCCUACUGGGUUCAGAAUCUCACCUCGCCCGUGUUGUUCCCCGAUGCACUUGGCAAGAUGUGUGCCGGUGACAAUAGACCAAAUCUACUCGUCGAGGUUGGCCCGCACUCUGCCCUUAAAGGGCCUAUCAUGGAUACCCUGAAGAGCCUCGGGCCAGUAGCCACGAAGAUCGGGUAUGUACCCACGGUUCUCCGCAAUGCAGAUGCCGCGGAGUCGGUCCUCGGUACAGCCGCAGCAGCGUACACGAGAGGGGCCAUCCUCAACAUGACGGAGGUGAACUUCCCCUGCACUGGCGCGAAGAACCGCUCCUUCUUGACCGACUUGCCUCGAUACCCCUGGCAGCAUAGAACACGGUACUGGCACGAGUCACGCAUUUCCAAGAAGCAUACACAAAGGGACGGCGCGAGAAAUGACAUCCUCGGCGUAAUGGCCAAUUACUCAAAUGAUCUGGAGCCAACAUGGCGCAACAUCGUCCGCCUGGAUGACAUCCCCUGGCUUCGAGACCACAAAAUGCAAGGCAUGACCGUGUACCCAUUGGCUGGGUAUCUGUCCAUGGCCAUCGAAGCCGCUCAAAGGCGCGCAACGCAGCAUGAUAUGACAGUCUCUCAAUUCGAAUUGCGAGAGGUGAAAGUAGGCUCAGCCCUCGUACUAAGCGAUGAUGUUGACGUCGAGACUACCAUCACCCUUCGACCCUACGCUGAAGGCACGCGCGGCACUUCAGACGUAUGGGACGAGUUCCGUAUCUGUUCAUGGAACACCAAACGAGGAUGGACGGAGCACUGCUCAGGUCUCAUCCGUAUUCGUGCGCAAAAGAGCCAGGCAGUCGCCGUCUCGAGUCACGCCAGGACUGAAAAUCUUCAUGUGCAAACACAAAUUGCCAGAAUGAAGUCUGCUGCCACAUACAAAAUUGACUCGCAGCACAUGUACAAGGUCCUAACAGAUGUUGGAGCCGGGUACGGUGCAACUUUCCAGGGUAUCGAGAACUGCUUUGCCGACCCGUAUACAUCGCGUGCCGAUUUAGUCAUUCGAGACACCAAGGCGACGAUGCCGAAGGAAUUCGAACCCAAGUUGACUGUCCACCCGGCUUUCCUUGACGGAUUGCUGCAUCUCGUCUGGCCCAUACUCGGUCAAGGACGAAUGGAGCUGGAUACCCUUUACAUGCCGACCAUGAUUAAGCACCUGACCAUCAACCGUGAGCAGCUCCCAACUUUGCCUGGUGAAUUUCUCAAGAUCUAUGGGAAUGGAAGUCCGAGUCUCCCAACCCCUGAACCCACUCGAUUUGAUCUUUUCGCCACUCCGGAGAACUCCACUGAGGUGUUGAUGAACAUGGAAGGCCUCAUUAUGACUCCGCUUAGAGAAGCGGGUGCCAGCCGUGGUGAAGAGGUUCGCAACCUGUGUUAUAAGUUUGAAUGGCAGCCACUGGCCAACGACGAGCAAGUCAACGGAGUCGAUGAAGAUGCUCAAAUUAACAACGGUGACGCAAUAAAUGGACAUGCAGAGACCAACGGCCAUGCCACGGACGGAGAUUCGCAUAUCAACGGCAUCAACGGUUCCAAUGGUGCCAAUGGACAUGCAGUGCCUAAUUCCCAUGCGAACGGCAAUGGUGUCAUCCACAUCGAGCCUGAGAACAAAAACAACUCAGCGGUUCAGCAGCGUGAGCUGACAAUCACGCAUUUUGGCAAACUUGACGGUGUCGCCGAUCAGCUGUGCAAUGCCCUCGGCUCUGACUGGCGUUCGUUAAUUUGCUCGCUGGACGAAAUCGACUCCUCCAAGAAACACGUUGUCGUCCUCCAAACCGGCGGCGCUAGCUCUCUGCGAACACUCACCACUGAGUCCUUUGCCAGCGUCCAGAAAGCCCUCUUGGCUGCCGACAACGUCCUCUGGGUAUAUAGGAAUGAUAUGCCCGAUGCGCAGAUGAUCGUUGGUCUAGCUCGUACGCUGAGGUCCGAGGCUCUGCUGAAGGUUGCCACUCUGGGUCUUGAUGGACAAGAUCUUUUGAGGCCCGCAGAGCCGCUUCUGGCUGCAAUUCACGCCCUCUGGCCCUGUGAUGGUGCGCAGCCUUGUGAAGAUUUCGAGUUCAGGGCCAAGGGCUCUGAGCUUCUUGUUCCUCGCGUUAUGAACGACGAUGCGAUCAAUUCCUUCGUGCAUAACGAGACCCAUGACCUGACGAUCUCAUCGCAGCCCUUCAGUCAACCUGGUCGGCACUUCAAACUUCAGAUCGGCAGCCCGGGAGCUCUCGACACGCUUUACUUUGUCGACGACGAGCCCGGCCCAUUGGGUGCAGAUGACGUUGAGAUCGAAGUUCGCGCUACAGGAACGAAUUUCAAAGAUAUCGUGGUCAGUAUGGGGCAAUUGUCUCAGCCAUACAUUGGUAUUGAGUGCAGUGGUGUCAUUUCAUCUGUGGGCUCCAAUGUGAAGGACCUCCAGAUUGGUCAAAGAGUUAUGGCCAUGCCAUUGGGCGGUUAUUCGACGUACGCACGGUGCAAAGGAACCAGCGUCGCCCCGAUUCCUGACAGUAUGUCCUUCGAGGUUGCAGCGACGGUGCCAGUCGUGUUCUGUACUGCGUACUACGCCCUCUUUGAUCUGGGCCAGUUGCAAGCCGGUGAACGAGUUCUCAUCCACGCCGGUGCCGGUGGCGUGGGCCAAGCUGCCAUCAUGCUGGCGAAGAUGGCUGGUGCCGAUAUCUUUGUGACUGUCGGUAGCCUCGAGAAGAAGCAAUUCUUGAUGACGAAGUAUUCCAUCCCCGAAGACCGGAUCUUCUACAGCCGUGACGUUUCCUUUGGUCGUGGCAUAAAGAGAGCUACCAACAACCAGGGUGUGGAUGUCGUGUUGAACUCCCUGGCGGGUGACCUCCUUCGUGAGACGUGGGAGUGUCUGGCGCCAUUUGGGCGGUUUGUGGAGAUUGGCAAGGCGGAUAUCACCAAGAACACUCGCCUUGAUAUGCUGCCAUUCGAGUACAAUGUCACCUUCUCCUCGGUCGAUCUGACCAAGGUUGCCCAAUAUCGGCCCAAGCUGAUGAAACGUCUUCUGCAUGAUGUUUGCCGGUUGAUGGAUCAGGAUCAGGCAUCUAUCAAGCCCAUCUCCCCCAUAACCACAUACCGGAUCUCCGAGCUUGAAGCUGCAUUUCGAACACUGCAAACAGGCAAGAACAUGGGCAAGCUUGUUGUUGUCCCCCAUGAAGAUGACUACGUCAAGGCUGUGGCACCUAAGACCAGCCCCAAUCUCCUGCGUGCUGAUGCUUCGUAUAUCCUAAUUGGUGGUACUGGAGGUCUGGGAAGAAGCAUGGCAAAGUGGAUGUCAACAAAGGGGGCCAAGAACAUCGUUCUCGUGUCGCGGAGAGCAUCAGUCAACAAUAACGUCCAAGCCCUGAUCGACGACUUGGCUCUCAAUGGAACGCGAGUUGUGGUGAAAGCGUGCGACGUGAGCAGCAAGCUGUCAGUUGAUGCCCUUAUCAAGGACGACAUGAAAGACCUGCCUCCCGUGCGCGGUGUAGUGCACGGUACGAUGGUUCUUCGAGACAUGCUAUUUGAACAGAUGUCGCUGGAUGACUUCCAAGCUGUGGUCAUGGGCAAAGUAGAUGGUGCUUGGAAUCUGCACCAUGGGCUCGCCGACUCGCCCCUGGACUUCUUCAUCGCGUUGUCGUCCGUUGCCGGCGUAGUCGGCAACCGAGGACAAGCUGCAUAUUCAGCAGCCAACGUGUUCCUGGACGGGUUCAUGGAGUACCGUCGGUCUCUCGGUCUCCCCGGGACGUCCAUUGAUCUGGCUGCCGUAAGCGAUGUAGGCUACUUGGCGGACACGGACGCCGAGCGCCAAGCAGAGGUACUGAAGAACAUUGGCAGCCAGACUGUUGACGAGUCAGAGGUACUGGCCCUUCUUGCCGCAGCCAUCACGGGCGACCUGGAUCGGUCCAGCGGAGGCCAGUGCAUUACUGGUCUAGGACUCGACGGCGGCGUGGACAACUUCUGGGCGCAGGAUACCAAGUUCAGCGCGCUGUAUGAGGCAGCCAAAGCUAAGCUAGGCCAUGGUCCUCAGUUAAGUGAGCCAACGGUGCCGCUACGCGUGAAGUUGCAGACUGUUGCGGACAAGGAGACUGCGCUGCAGGUCUGCUACUCAGCCCUAGCAGCCAAACUAUCGCAAGUACUUGUCAUCUCACCAGAGGAUAUGGAUCCCUCUGUGACGGUGUCAUCGCUGGGUCUGGAUUCUCUGGUGGCCAUUGAAAUCCGCAACUGGAUCGCCCGCGAAACCUCGGCCAAUGUUCAAGUCUUAGAGUUAUUGUCCAGUGGGUCUCUCAUGGCGCUGGCGGAGAUCAUCGUCAACAAAUCUCAGGCAUAG